UUCACUUAUGGGUCGGAAGCGCUGCGUGGGGGAGACUGUUCCAAGAUGGCGGCGGGCUGCUGCGGGGUGAAGAAGCAGAAACUGUCCAGUUCGCCCCCCUCUGGCUCGGGUGGCGGUGGUGGCGCCUCCUCCUCCUCCCACUGCAGCGGAGAGAGCCAGUGCCGAGCUGGGGAGCUGGGACUAGGAGGCGCCGGUCCGCGGCUCAACGGGCUGGGCGGUCUAGCCGGAGGAGGUAGCGGCAGCGGCGGUACCCUCUCUCCCCAGGGCUGCGGCGGCGGCGGCGGGGGGCUUUCCCUGUCGCCACCUCCGAGCUGCGGAGUGGGGACCCUACUUUCUACCCCGGCCGCCGCCACCGCCUCCUCGCCCUCCUCGUUGUCCGCCGCCUCGUCCUCCUCGCCCGGCUCCCGGAAGAUGGUGGUGUCAGCGGAGAUGUGCUGCUUUUGCUUCGAUGUUCUCUACUGUCACCUGUACGGAUACCAGCAGCCCCGGACCCCCCGGUUCACCAACGAGCCCUACCCACUGUUUGUAACAUGGAAGAUUGGUCGAGACAAAAGAUUGCGUGGAUGCAUAGGUACUUUUUCUGCCAUGAAUUUGCAUUCAGGACUCAGGGAGUACACACUUACCAGUGCCCUUAAAGAUAGCCGUUUUCCCCCAAUGACAAGGGAUGAGCUGCCACGGCUGUUCUGCUCAGUGUCUCUACUCACUAACUUUGAAGAUGUCUGUGAUUAUUUGGACUGGGAGGUGGGUGUACAUGGCAUUAGAAUAGAAUUCAUCAAUGAAAAAGGAUCAAAACGCACCGCCACCUACCUACCGGAGGUUGCAAAGGAGCAAGGAUGGGACCAUAUUCAGACCAUAGACUCCUUACUGAGGAAAGGAGGAUACAAAGCUCCAAUUACUAAUGAAUUCAGGAAAACCAUAAAACUGACCAGGUACCGUAGUGAAAAGAUGACCCUGAGCUAUGCUGAGUACCUUGCUCAUCGCCAGCAUCAUCACUUCCAAAAUGGCAUUGGGCAUCCCCUUCCGCCAUACAACCAUUAUUCCUGACACUGAGCCGCACAACCAGUCACUGGGCCUCUCUGCAGACCUCUUCCCAGGAGACCCUACCCCUUCUUGGUCUAGCUAUCUCUUUUACUGUACUAUUUUAUGAUGAUAGUUUCCGUUGCCAUGGUGACGCUUUGACACCGUCAAUUAAGAUCAUCAUGGUAACGGGUAGGAAAUGGCAUUUAAGAAGAUUCUGUUUUAUUAUUUUAGACCAUUCAUUUUUUUGCAGCAUAUAUGAAUUUGGGGGUUUUCUUUCCUUACAAUGUUAGAGUUUUGCUUUGCCAUCUCGAUUGGGUUUCUAUCUUUCCAUCCUUCUUGCCUUCUUUCCUGUCUUCUUUCCUUCCUUCCUUCGUUUCACUGUGGAUGGAAGAAAUUGUGCAGUUUAUAAGGAUUUUUUUUUAGGUUUUUUGUUAGUGUUCCUCAGUAAGGUAAUUUUUGCUAGUUGAGUUUGACAUUAAUUCAUAUCAAAUUCAGGUAUUUGUAUAUUACCCAUGAGUUUGUCUAAAAUUCAUUUUGCUAUGAGUUUAGUAUGUAGCUCUUUGCUCCUUGAGUAUGUUUUUUCCCAUGGUUAAAAUAUAUGAACUUUAGUUCAAAUAGGGGAUUAUUCAAAGGUCCAUGAUAGGGCUUGUCACAGAGAGUGAGAAAUCAUUUAUGCCUGUGUGCUGGUUAUCAUAGGAGAGACUGCCUCAUCACUUUAUACAACCAACUUACAAACUAAAACACUGUUUUAAGAAAGUACAAGCUACUUUUCAGCUAUGCUACAGAAAGCAUUUGAAGAGCCAUGAAUAUCAGAAAGAGAACAGAUACAGAACUUAGUGCCUUUGAGAAGAAUAUAACUAAAUGGAAUUAAGAGGGGUUUUUAAAAAGGCAAUUUAGAGAAAUAUUCUUGUAAAGUUUUAUUGUUUCUAUAUAUGAAAUGACAGAUUAGACAAAUCCCUUACACUUAAGUAUUUUUUUAAGCUGAAAAAAAUUUAUUCUGAGCAAAUAACCAAAAAGAGACAUUUGUCUGUUAUAUAUUAAAUCUGUUAGCUUUAGAUUUCGCUAAGUCAUGAUCGGCCAGAGACAAUUUUAGCUACCAUUUAAAGAAAUGGUAAAGAUAAUCUAGUGAAACGAAAGUUCAUAUAUGCCAUGAUUUCAGAUAUUUUUGUCAUGGGGGCAGUACUGGAGUUUUAGAAAUACUAUAAAAUAGCUUGAAUCUCGUUCUGCACUACAUACUUUUGAUAUAAAUACAUUUACUAUGUUGAUGAGAUGUUAGGUUACACCUGUAACAGUGGAAUUGGCACUUAGAUAUGAUCUAGAGUCCAGCUCAUGUGCAGGACUAUUCUUCCCAUGAUGUAUACAAAACAAACUUCCUAAUGUUAAUAGGAGGUCUGUAUAUAUAUUCCCAGGAAAAAAGACAGAUGAUUCUGAAGAAAGAUUACCUUCAUAAUGGUAAUGGUAGUGUGUGUGUAUGUAUGUGAGUGUGUGACGUGUGUAUGCACAUAUAUGUGUAUAUAUAUAUUUUUUCAAACAGGAUACAGUAUAUCAAGUGAUAAAUAGAAGUAUGGUGCAGAAUAUAUAGUCUAAAACUAUGAGAUGUCACUGAAUAACAAAAUGGCCUAGCUUAUACAUGUAGCUGCUGUGACAAGUGACAGACUGCUAGUUCAGACAAAACCCCUUUUCUAGUUUGAGGUUAAUUGGAUGAAUUUCUUCUGCUUGCCAUUAUGGCGAAGCAAACUGCUUUAGUUUUGAAGAGAGUGCUUAGAAGUUUGUUGGUAUUCCUUCAUCCACAGCAUCUGUUGUUGAAAUAACCAUUUUCAGUUACGAUGCCUUAACUAAGAAGCCAAUUGUUAGCCUGAAAUGUAGUCUCGGUAGCCAGUUCCACUGAACCUAGAGAUUAGUCUGAGAAGACUAGCUGCUGGGCUUUAGAAAGGGAUUUUGAGUCCUUUCAUUUCUACUUGGGAGCAUUUCGGAGCAGAUUAGUCUUGCAGUAUAAAAACAAGUGGCUACCUGAUGGAAACUUUUUCUUGCCCUUAUAGGGAAACUGAGCACAAGCUGAAUGAUACUGUCUGCUGCAAAAAAAAAAAAAAAAAAAAAAAAAAAAAGUAAAUAAACAAGCAAACUGAAGAGAGACAAAAUAGACCAAUAUAGAUCCACCUUAUCUGUCAUCUCAUCAGUUCAACAGGCUCCUCAUCCUGGGUGAGCUCAUGGUUAGAAGUUUUUUUAAAAAGAAAAGAUCUAUUUACAUAUAUAUAUGUCUGUGUGCAUAUAUAUAUACUUACACAUACAUAUGUGUGUGUUUAUGUAUUUAACGGUGCUAAUCAAAUCUUGAGCAGGUCACGUGACUGGUCAUGCGGACUCUAAAAUCAUAUCAGAUUUUUUUUUAAUUCUUGAUAUAUGCAGAUGUUAUACAGAUUUUCUUACCGGUGUAAUAAUGUUAUACUGAAGAAAUAACCAUCCUGCAGGCUUCAGAGGACGAGGUCAGCAAUAUUUCCCACCAUGGCUUGGGGGAAAAGGAUAGUUUUGUCUCCUUUUGUAUUCAAAAUAAUGCACAGUGCAUUUUUGUCUCUAAGUAGCUGUUGACUAAAAGACUUUGUAGUGUAAAGGGUGUUAUACAAACUGCAAUGGUGUGCUUCAAACAAACAAAUGCUAGACCUUUGCACCUUUGUCGUAUAUUACAAAGCUGUUAAAUAUGUGGUUUGACUUAACUUUGAACAUGUUGAAAUAUGUAGCAUGUGUUUUUAACUCAGACAAAGAUUCUAAUUGCACAGGUUAUAUUCUAGCCAGUUGUGGUUUAUUUGUUCAGAAACACAAAUGUGAAUUGCACUCUUAUCACCAGAAUAUUACAUAAGUUCAGUGAUCUUCAAACAGCUCAGAAGUAAUACUUGAACUUCAUUUGAGUAGCACAAAGUUUACAUGGCCCCUUUUAAUGUUAAUUAGUUCCAUUCAUGUUUUCCGUUUUCAAAUGCAACUGGGUAUUUUUCCUCUUGGAAAAUAGUACGUAUUUUACUUUGGUAUGUAGCAAAAGGCUUCCAUUUCUGGAAGGGUUUUCUUGUUCUUAAACAAGGUCAGCCAGGUACCAGAUUCUAAAAGAACAAUUGUUCCCUUCCCCCCUUUAAGUGGCCUUCUGACUGCACGAGAAUGUGCUACUACCCCCUCCAGUCUCCCUGCCAUGAGAGGUCAGUAUGUUAUUGAUGGAGGAAGUAUGAGGCUUGCUCUUUGCCCCCCACCCCACUUAAAGUAGUCACAAGGUUCUCAGUCCAGUGCAUACAGCCCCAAUGCUCAGCACACCAGAAGUUUGUAUGCUGGCCUCUUUUCAUGUCUUCAAAUGUGCAGGAAAUUCGAAACUGUCUUCUGGAAUAGGUUCCAUCUCUUAUGUGUGUUAGAUCAAACCAAAGAAGCCCCUAGCCAUGCCCAAAUGCUGCUCCAAAAGCCUGCCUUCCAGUCCUUACAAAAACCUUGCAGGAUUAAAUGUGUUAACUUUUUUAUUUUUGUACAGUUUCUAAGUGAUUUUUUGCUAGUGAUGUUAAAUUGAAUUAAGUUUAUUUGAGGAGUGUGAGCACCUCCUCCAUUUGAAUAAACUGGUGACUUUUCCUUUUAUUUUUUAAAAACAGAAACCCAUUGUGUGCCUCUCGAUUUAAGGGUUUCUGAUUACAUUAUUCUUAAGACCAGCAUUGAUCCUUUAUAUACAGAGAUAUGUUUUCCUUGUUUUUUAUUACUGUUUCAGAAAAAAAUAAACCUUUUAUUUUGCUCUGGACCCAGUAAUUGCGCUGGGGCAUAGACGCACUGAGAAAACAAACUUUUGUAACCACCUCUGUUUUUGUAUAUCAAAGUUGAUUACUUUUGAAAUAUUUGGAUCUAGUUUCUAAGUUAUUUUAGUGUUUUAUAUGUUCCCCCAAAUUAUUUUGAAUCGGUCACCAGCAUAAUAAAUUCUUGGUGAUGCAUCCGUGAGACUUGUAAUGAGCAAAAGCUACCUGGAGUAGCUCUUUUCCUUCUUUCCUAGUGACCUGUUUUUUGAUUACAGUAAGACACCACAGAUUACCUGAAACCCUUUCAGGUAAUAACUAGAUCCUCCUUCCUCCCCCAGUUAAUUGCUUAAUAGUUUGAAGGAACUAUUGGAAAUGGGCAUUUUAUAUGACAUAUAUGGCUUUAAAACAUUAAACAUGAGAAGGUUUAUGUGGGUCUGUAAGGUAUGGCUGUGGAAAGAUAUUGUAGUAGUUUUGACACUAUUGUUAUUACCUUUUAAAUCAUUUACCCAAUAAAACGUUAAAAC